AUGAUAUUGAGAUUGUUUGCGCGAUGCGCAUUCGUAUCACAGAUACACUUAUCGGUUAUUGAAGUUUUUACGAUCUCUUGUCUCGCAAUUCUGGAAUUGUGCAGUGUGCUGUAUUUUGAUGUGAUAUCGGUACAUAUCAUUAGGGGUCGCAAAGAUUUGUUUAUGCGUCCUGCACUUCAAGAAACAAUGCCUAGAGAAAGCAUGAAAAGUGCAUGGCCGUUUUCAGAGCAUACUGUGGAGGAGCGGCACAUUGGGAUGGAUCGUAGUGGUGGUGGUGAUGGUGGUGGUGGUGGUGGUGGUCGUCGUCAUCAUCAUCAUCAUCUUCGUGGUCGUCACCGGCAUUUUCAUCAUCUUCCUCACGGUCACCAUCACUGUUAA